CCCUCUUCUCCUGUAGGUGCGCUAAUGUGUGAGACAGAAGGCAAACUGCUAACAGCACUAGGAAGGAAGAAGAAAGUUCAUUGCGAUGGAGAAACGUCAGCUAGCUACUUGGGGUGUUUUAAUGGUUUUAGGGUAGUUUUUCAGCUACUAAAGUUAUAAAAUUAACUGUUUUCGAGCAGGCACAGACAGACAUGCUCCGCUGCAUGCUAAGGUUGGCUGAGCAGCGCCGGCAAUGUUCAGUCCGCUGUAUGAGCUCUGCAGCCAGGAGGAGGAGAGCUGUGCGCAGUGCCUUCCAGGUCCUGGACCAACCACUCCAGCCCAUCCACCAACAUGCGUAUGAAGCUAACCUCCAAAACAGCAUUGCCUGCCGCAACAAGUACAUAGAGUUGACUGAAAAGGUACGGAAAGGUGGAGGGGAAAAUGCCAUCAUUAGACACACUCAGAGAAAUAGGAAGUUGAUGGUCAGGGAUCGGCUGCGCCUCCUGUUGGAUGACGAGGACUUCCUGGAGCUGUCACCAUUCGCUGGGCUGGGUCUGCCAUAUGGGGACAUCCCUUCAGCCGGAUGCCUGACUGGCAUUGGCAGGAUCAAUGGCCUGUGGUGUGUGUUCAUUGCCAACGAUGCCACAGUGAAAGGUGGCACAGCGUAUCCAAUCACAGUGAAGAAGCAGCUAAGAGCACAGGAAAUAGCAAUUCAAAAUCGACUGCCUUGUGUUUACCUGGUCGACUCUGGAGGAGCUUUUCUACCGCUGCAGUCAGAGAUCUUUCCUGAUAAGAACCAAGGAGGAAGGACGUUCUAUAAUGAAGCCAUCAUGUCUGCCAUGAAAAUCGCACAGAAACCACUAACAAUCUUAAAGUUGUCGGUGGUGUGCGGGUCAUGCACGGCGGGUGGAGCUUACAUCCCCACCAUGGCAGAAGAGGCAGUGAUGGUGCACCGGAUAGGGACCAUAUUCCUGGGAGGACCACCACUUGUCAAGGCCGCCACGGGAGAGGAAGUCACAGCAGAAGACCUGGGAGGGGCCAGGCUUCACGCUGAGGUGAGUGGCUGUGUGGACCAUUUUGCCUGGGAAGAAAAGGAGGCAUACGAUUACACCAGAAACAUCGUAUCAACCCUCAACUUCCAACUGCCUGAGGAGGAGGAGGAGAGAAAGAUGGAAGCUGAGGAGGAGCCGCUGUAUAGUUCAGAGGAGCUUCUGGGGCUCGCUCCUAAAAGUCAUAACUACAGUCUGGAUGUUAAGAUGGUCAUUGGUCGGCUGACAGACGGCAGCCGCUUCCAGGAGUUUAAAGCUCUCUAUGGAGCCACGCUCAUCACUGGCUUUGCAAAGAUACAUGGACACUUAGUGGGAAUAGUAGCCAAUGACGGAGAGCUGUCAUACCCAGCCGCACUGAAGGGAAGCCAUUUUGUCCAGUUGUGUGACCAAAGAGACAUCCCCCUUCUCUUCCUCCAGAACACAGCACCCACAACAGCUCUAACACUCUCCACAACACAGGCAGAGAUGAACACUAACCAUCUGAAGGCUCAGGGUUCGAUGAUUUCAGCAGUAGCGUGUGCCUCCGUCCCCAAAAUCACAGUGGUGAUUGGUGGUUGCCAUGGUGCAGACAGCUUCGCCAUGUGUGGGCGGGCUUUUGACCCUAAUUUCCUGUUCCUGUGGCCCAACGCCAGAGUGUCGAUUACUGCUCCGGGUCAUGCCGGCUCUCUGCUUCCCCCUGACAGCGAGCACGAAGAAGAGAAAAAGACGCAGGAGGAGGACAAGGUAAAUAGCAGACUGAAGGAGGAGAGCUCAGCUUUCUUCUCCUCCGGCAGGCUCUGGGACGAUGGAAUCAUUCUCCCUCAGGACACCAGGAAGGUUCUAAGGGACUGCCUGGACAUCAUCAAACAGCAGCAGUAUCAGAUGUCCACAGAGAAGCUGCAGUCACCACUUCUACGCAUAUAGAAGCUUCCGUUCUUUUCCUCCUCAUGUCCUCUGGACACUUCAAACAUCUGUCCAUCUUUGAGAUUAAACUGCUGCUUGAGCCCAUUGAUCAUC